AUGCGUCCAGUCACGACAUCGGCAGGCUCUGCCCUGCGCACUUGGACCCGGCACAGCCUUCCUACCAGCUCCUCAUCCUCGGCUUCCUCCCAGUCCUCCCAAUCCUCCGGAGCAGAGACAGCAGGUAGCUCCAGCUUCCAAAGCCCAUUUGGCAGCGCGCCCAAGUAUGAUACGCGCAAGAUCCCCAGCUUUAAGACAUACGAGUCCAAAAAUUCCGAGAUCACCAAUCGAGUCUUCCAGUACUUCAUGGCCGGGUCAAUGGGGCUGUUGGCUGCUGCGGGAGCAAAAAAUACCGUGCAAGACUUUCUAGAAAACAUGUCCGCCUCCGCCGACGUGCUGGCCCAAGCCAAAGUGGAAAUCGACUUGGGCUCCAUCCCCGAAGGCAAGAACGUGAUUAUCAAAUGGAGAGGUAAACCCGUCUUCAUCCGUCACCGUACCGAGGACGAGAUCAAGGAGGCGGAAUCUGUUGACAUCUCGAUCCUGCGUGACCCUGAAAAAGAUUCCGACCGUGUCAAGAAACCCGAGUGGCUGGUCAUGUUGGGCGUCUGCACACACUUGGGGUGCGUCCCCAUUGGGGAAGCGGGCGAUUUUGGUGGCUGGUUCUGCCCUUGCCAUGGAUCGCAUUAUGAUAUUUCGGGACGAGUGAGAAAAGGACCCGCGCCGUUGAAUUUGGAAGUACCCGAAUAUGAUUUCCCAGAGGAGGAUAAAUUGGUCAUUGGUUAG